AUGCCCUCACUCACGUCGCUGCUUGGCCUCUCCGCGGGCCUGGUCAGCCUUGUCGCUGGCCAGUACUUUCCUCCGUCCCCUGAGGGCGUGAAGGUCGUCCACUCCAAACACCAGAAGGGCGUUACGAUUUCAUAUAAAGAGCCUAAAAUCUGCGAAACAACCCCAGGCGUCAAAUCCUACUCGGGAUACGUCCAUCUACCGCCGGGCACUCUCAACGAUCUCGGUCUGGAUCAGCAGUAUCCAAUUAAUACCUUCUUCUGGUUCUUCGAGUCCCGGAACGACCCGCGCAAUGCGCCUUUGUCGAUAUGGAUGAACGGCGGGCCUGGAAGCUCGUCUAUGAUCGGUCUCAUGCAGGAAAACGGGCCGUGUCAGGUUAAUGCCGACUCGAAUUCCACGGAACUGAACCCAUGGUCCUGGAAUAACUACGUUAAUAUGCUCUACAUCGACCAACCCAACCAGGUUGGUUUCAGCUAUGAUGUCCCGACAAACGGGACGUAUGACCAGCUCUCGGGCGCGCGCGAAGUCUCGCCUGACGGGUUCGAGAACGGUGUCCCCAAGCAGAACAGCACGUUCUAUGUCGGGACGUUCCCGAGUUUGAAUGCGUCGACGUCGGCGAAUACGACUGAGAACUCGGCCCGUGCGCUUUGGCACUUUGCGCAGACUUGGUUCUCGGAGUUUCCGGCUUAUAAACCCCGUGAUGAUCGGGUUAGUAUUUGGACUGAGUCUUAUGGUGGGCGCUAUGGGCCGGCGUUCACGGCGUUCUUCCAGGAACAGAAUGAGAAGAUCGCGAAUGGCUCGCUUACGGAGCCUGGGGAGUCGCAUUAUAUUCAUCUGGAUACGCUCGGUAUUAUUAAUGGUUGCGUGGACUUGCUUGUCCAGGCACCGUUGUACCCUGAGAUGGCAUACAAUAACACCUACGGGAUUGAGGCGAUUAAUGAAACCGUGUAUGACCAGGCAAUAGAGGCAUGGAGCAAGCCGGGUGGCUGCAAGGACCAGAUUACGAGAUGCCGCCGCCUUGCAAAAGAGGGCGAUCCUCAUAUGUACGGCCAUAAUGCGACUGUGAACAGGGCUUGUCAAGAAGCAGACUCGUACUGUAGUAACACUGUCGAGGGUCCCUACAUUCUAUACUCCGGCCGAGGCUACUAUGACAUUUCGCACUUCGACCCGGAUCCUUUUCCCCCACCCCACUACCUGGGUUACCUGAGCCAGAACUGGGUCCAGAAAGCCCUCGGCGUUCCGAUAAACUUCACCGAGUCCGUGGACAGUGUUUACACCGGCUUCUCGGGCACCGGCGACUACCCACGCUCCGAUGUCCGAGGAUACCUCGAAGACAUUGCAUACGUGCUUGACUCGGGUAUCAAGGUGGCUCUUGUCUACGGCGACCGCGAUUAUGCAUGUCCCUGGAACGGCGGCGAAGAAGUAAGUUUGCAGGUCGACUACAGCGCUGCAGACAAAUUCCGCGCUGCGGGAUACGCUGCGCUGCAGACCAACGCUUCGUAUGUGGGCGGCAGGGUGCGUCAGCACGGAAACUUCUCAUUCACCCGGGUGUUCGAAGCAGGACACGAAGUCCCCGCGUACCAGCCCCAGACGGCGUACGAGAUCUUCCACCGUGCGAUGUUCAACCGCGACAUUGCGACGGGGAAGAUCUCUACGAGUAAGAAUAGCACCUAUACCACCAAGGGGCCGUCGUCGACAUUUGAUAUCAAGAAUGAGGUGCCCGAUAGUCCGGAGCCGACUUGUUAUAUCCUGUCUCUGUCCUCCUAUUGCACUGAUGAACAGGUUGAGAGUGUGGUAAAUGGAACUGCUGUAGUCAAGGAUUAUAUAGUGGUGGAUGAUAAUUCUCCUGGGCUUCGACUUUAA